CAGAUUAAUAAAGUAUUAUCAACUGAUGAUACUGAUGAGCUAGAUGAUGAAGAUGAUGAGGAUUCAAAUGUCGGUUCAUCACCAGUUACUGAACAAAUUGUUGAUCCAAAAAUAAAAAUAAAAAGUGCUAGUGAUCAUGAUAUACCUGAAGAAUCAAUUGAUCCAAAUUGGAAUCGUAAUUUAGCUAUACGUGAUGUUGCAUAUUAUUUACGUGCUCAUAAAUUUAGUGAUUAUGAUCAUCGUUAUUAUAAAAAAAUUGAGGAUUCACCACACAGACUUUAUGAAGAAUUUCCAAAACCACCAUUGAGAUCACUCCAUUGGGAGGUCCAUAAAUAUUGUGAUGAUGGAUUUAUUAAAUGUCUCAAGUAUCUUGAUAAUACUAUUAGAUCAACAUCACUUAGACGUGUAGAUGAUACAAUAACAGUUAUUAAAGAUAAUCAUUGGAAUAUUUCAAAUAAUAAUGCAGAAAUUAUUGCAAUACAAACAGAAUGUCAAACUGCUCAGCAACGUGAUAAUCUAACUUUUGUACCAUUUCAAGGUCCAAUUGAAAGAUUUCAAUGGAGAACAUCAGCUAGUUAUUAUAUGUGUUGGUACACAAUGUUGGAAAUUUCAGAGCUAUCUAGAUUUGGAGAAUCUUGUGAUAAUCAUGCAAAUUGUCUUGAUGUUUAUGGUGUAAAUAACAAGGAUCCAAGAGCGGACGAUAGUAAACCAUUUGCUUGUGCACUUUACAGUUUUUGUCCAGAUCAUUGUUGUCCAAUGAAACAUAUUUGGUACCUCAGAGAAUGCUUUCAAAAUAUAAAUAAUCCCUGCUAUGAAAUUAACCAACCAGGACAUAGAAAAUGUACAUUGAAUCAUCAAAAUAAUCAAAAUUUUAAUGCACUUAUGAGUAAUCAAUUAAAUGUUAGCUGUGAUUGUCAUACUAAGGGAUACGAGUGGUCAUCAAAAUUUGGAUUGUGUAUUGACAUAAAUGAAUGUGCUAGGGGCCUUCAUAAUUGUACACUUGAGAAUGGCGAGAGCUGCUUCAAUUUGCCUGGAAGUUUUCAAUGUGUUUGUGGUUUUGGUUUAAUUCGUAACAAACAACUUGGUCGUUGUAUGAUUAGUGAUACUUUCAAGAGAGUUCAUGAAAUACUUGAGCCACAUGUUAAUGAUACACAUAUCAAUAAUAUUUUAUCUACUAUUGUUGAUACAUUAACUCGAUCAAGUGCAAAUAAUUUCCAUUUAUUCCCCGGUUAUUUUUUUGUUUUGAAAUUUAUUUUUUAUUUUGAAAUUUAUUUUUUUUUCCGGGUGAUUUGAUAUUUUGUUUUUAGUUUAAAAUUAAUGAUAUUAUUUUUGAUAUGUUAUUGGAGACUCAUAAAAAAUUUCCAUUGAUCAACAUGAUGUAAAUAACAGCCUCACACCAUCAGUGAAAGGUAGCGUAUAUAUAGAGAGGUAGAUCAGGUUUUCACAUGGGUCACUUGUUUAUUUUUUUUUUUUAUUAUUUUUAUACUAUUCGAAUCAUUAAUUACGCGAAAUAUUUAUUAAAUUUACGAAAUAAAUACA